GGUCCUUGUUUGCCCUGUGGUCUUAGCACUUGGAUUAGGCCUUCUGUUCUGCGUGACUAAGAUGGCUCCAAAACGGCGUGGGCGUCCCCCGAGGGGUAGCCAUAAGGAUCAGGGCGCUCCUCCGAUCCCAGAAGCUAGUCCCCCUACCCAAGCUGCUCCGCAGGAAGGAGGGACGAGCAAUCCUCAAGUGGCCAGCUUUGCUCGGGAACUUAUGGCAGAGAUAAGACGCCAAGUAUCUCCUGCCACAAGUGUACCACCUCCAUCCCCGGUGGUCUCCACUCUUGCGGCCCCUGCUCCGGUUUCCCCUGUUCCUAUCUCUUCUGCUCCUGCUGUACCUACCUGGAAGAUUUAUACCGAAUUCCAGAAGUUGAUGAAGAACAAGGGAUUCGAUGGUACUUCAGGUUUUGAGCAGGUGGAAUCAUGGAUUUCUGAGGUGGAGCGGGGAUUCUACCUGCUGCAUGUUUCUGAUGACCUUAAGGUCAAUGUAGGCACCUACAUGCUUACUAGGAAGGCAUUAACUUGGUGGGAGAGUUAUCGGAAGCUGCACCAAGGAGAGCCUGAAUUGAGCACCUGGGAUGGUUUUAAGAAGGUGUUCAUGCGGGAGUACAUACCGGACAGCAAAAGACCAGAACUGCAAAGAGAAUUUGCAGAUUUAAAGCAAGGGUCAGGUACUGUUGAGCAGUACAAGGAGAAAUUUGACCGCUAUUUGCCUUUUGUGGGUGGCCAAGUCGGCGAUGAGCAAGCCAAGGCCGACAAGUUUCUGUGGGGCUUGAAUUCUGACAUUUACUUGGCGGUAAACCAAUUUAAACCCGCCACUUAUCAAGAGGCUACGGACAGAGCCAUAGAUCAGGAGAAGGCUAUGGCUAGAGUCAAGCCCUCAGGGCAGCCUAGUGGUGGGUCAACCCUUGGGAAGAGGAAAUUUGAGGGGAGCCGUCGACCCUUUUUCCUUGCACCGCCUAGGUCUGAGAUCAGCAAGGGCUCUAGAUGGUCAGGAGCCACCAGGACAGUGAGUCAGGCAUCAUCGGCCCAGUGUGCUCGUCCCACUCAGCUUGUUUGUCGUGCUUGUGGGAAGGUCGGGCACACCCGGGAUCAAUGCCACACUGCUACUAAGGCUUGCUUCAAAUGUGGCAAGCAGGGACACCGGAUUGCAAAUUGUCCACUGCUGGACCCCAAGGCCCAAAGUACUCAGCCUACCUCUCCGCAAAGUUCUACCAGUCAGGGGGCGCAGAAACAGAGUACUGGGGUUCGGACAAGAGCCCAGCAGGUGAGAGUGCAAGUGAUGACUCACAAGGAAGCUGCGGCUACCGACGUAAUCAUGGGUACCUUGUCUGUUAACUCUGAUUAUGCGCAUGUUUUAUUUGAUUCAUGUGCAUCGCAUUCUUUUAUUGCUCGAUCCUAUGUUUUGAAACGAGCUUUGCCUGUUGAUAUCUCUGAUUGUGAACUGCAUGUGGACACCCCUUUAGGAGGGGUGAUGACUACUAGGGAGGUGUGUAGGACUAUGGAUAUUUAUGUUGAUGGUAGACAGUUGAGUGCUAGUUUGUUUGUUUUAGACAUCUCCGAUUUUGAUAUCAUUUUGGGGAUGGAUUGGCUGUCUAAACACUUUGCCUCUAUAGAUUGUCAUCGGAAAUUGGGCUUCCUAGUCUCUGUUACUGAUGCUAGUAGUGUGACAUCGAGACUAGAAGACAUACCGAUGGUGCGUGAGUUUCCGGAUGUAUUUCCGGAGGAUCUCCCAGGUUUACCUCCAGAUAGAGAGGUUGAAUUUGCUAUUGACCUUGUUCCUGGCACCGGACCCGUUUCCAAAGCACCAUACCGUAUGGCUCCUGCAGAAUUGAAGGAGUUAAAGGUCCAGCUAAAGGAACUCCUUGAGAAAAGGUUUAUACGCCCUAGUGUAUCACCUUGGGGAGCUCCAGUGUUAUUUGUCAAGAAGAAGGAUGGGAGCUUGAGGCUUUGCAUUGAUUACAGGGAAUUGAAUAAGGUGACUGUGAAGAACCGGUAUCCCCUUCCUAGAAUUGAUGACUUGUUUGACCAGCUCAAGGGUGCUCAGGUAUUUUCUAAGAUUGAUCUUCGAUCUGGCUACCACCAGGUGAAGAUUAAGCCGGAUGAUGUGCCAAAGACUGCCUUUCGCACCCGUUAUGGUCAUUAUGAGUUCAUAGUCAUGCCAUUUGGCUUGACAAAUGCCCCUGCCAGAUUUAUGGAUUUGAUGAAUCGGGUAUUUGGCAAGUACCUAGACCAAAUCGCCUUGCCAAUGACUCGUCUUAUCAGGAAGGACACCAAGUUUGAGUGGACCCCAGAGUGUGAGAAGAGCUUUUUGACCUUGAAAGAGAAGGUUAUUGCAUAUGCUUCUCGGCAAUUGAAGCCUUAUGAAGAAAAUUACCCUACCCAUGAUCUGGAAUUGGCAGCUGUAGUAUUUGCACUCAAGAUCUGGAGGCAUUAUCUGUAUGGUGAGACUUGUGAUAUCUUCACUGAUCACAAGAGCCUUAAGUAUAUUUGCACUCAAAAGGAACUCAAUAUGAGGCAGAGGCGAUGGCUUGAACUUUUAAAGGACUACGACUUGACCAUUAGCUACCAUCCGGGCAAGGCUAACAAGGUAGCAGAUGCGUUGAGUAGGAAGUCCUCUGGCACUGCCUCUAGCAUCCUUGCCACUCAGAAGGAGUUACUUGAGGAUCUUGUGAAACUAGAUGUGGAGUUGAGAAUGGACAGCACUACGGCUUAUCUAGCCGCCCUCAGUGCACAACCGGCAUUAAUAGACAGAAUUAAACUUGCCCAACAAAAAGAUUCUUUCUUGCAGAAGAUGAAGGAAAAAGUAAGAGCCGGGGAACCCCACAUGCAAGAAUUCAGGAUUUUUGAUGAUGAGAUUCUGUGGUUUGGUGACAGGCUGUGUGUACCCAGGGAUCAUGCCUUAAGGUGUGAGAUUAUGGGAGAUGCCCAUUGUACUAGCUAUACAAUCCACCCAGGGAGCACCAAGAUGUAUCGCGAUUUGCGUAGUACAUUUUGGUGGCGGAACAUGAAGAGGGAGAUAGCUAGAUUUGUCCUUGUUUGCCCUGUGGUCUUAGCACUUGGAUUAGGCCUUCUAUUCUGCGUGACUAAGGUAGUGAGACCCGACGCGUGGGAAGCCCGGGGGAGUGACGAGCUAGACGGCUAGGCAUUUUUGGAGUUAGUUCUGUAGCUAGGCCGUUAGUCACCCAUGCUGACUUAGGACUUUUGUGUACAGAACUUAUGUAGUUGUAGUAAGGAUUGUAUAAAUAAAUUAUAACUCUUUGUACACUUUGACAGGUAAAUGUGUAGAAAGAAAAUGAAAUUAGAUAUGACCU